UGUCCAUAAUACGGUAGAGGCGCAUCCGGCGUCGGCCACGACACUUUGCCUCUGCACGUAGGUUGCAGGAGAGGCUAAGACCAUGGACAGCCGGAGUACAGCAGUUCCUGCGGGUGCGAAUGCCGAACUGGUGAGAACUCUGGCUGACAUCGAGAGGAUCGGGAAGGUGAAGCUGAGCCCAGGACCCCGGCUCUACUACAGCAUGGGCGCUGACGAAGAGAUCACCCUGGCGGAAAACGUGCAAGCAUUUAAGAGACUCCGUCUACUUCCUCGUCUCUUGAGGGGCGUAGCGGACCGAAGCUUGGAGACCAUGUUGCUUGGUAAGCGAGUCUCGCUGCCUGUUGGAAUUUCACCAACAGCCUUCCACAAGAUGGCCCAUCCUGACGGAGAAGCGGCCACGGCCAAAGCCGCGGCUAAGGCGGGAACGGUGAUGAUCGUCAGCAUAUCGAGCACCACUGCCUUAGAGGACGUCAGGCACGCCGCACCCGACGCCCUGCUGUGGUUUCAGCUCUGCGUCCUUGCGGAUCGAGCGAUCACGCAUCGACUGGUAACAAGGGCAGAGAAGGCCGGCUACAGCGCCAUCGUGUACACUGCGGAUAUUCCUGUGGGCGGCUCGAACACAGAGAGGUUCGGUGACUUUCUCAAUGACUGCUCGGGAGACCUCCGGUUUGCCAACUUUCGAGAAGAAGACGUCGCCAACACUGGCGGGAGAUUUCAGCCUCGCCAGGUCAUGAACCCGGAAAGUACUUGGUCCGACGUCGCCUGGCUCAAGAGCAUCACCAAACUGCCCGUUGUCGUCAAAGGAAUCCUCACUGUCGAAGCGGCCAUUCAAGCUGUUGAGCACGGUGCAUCGGCGAUCAUGGUUUCCAAUCAUGGUGGACGCCAGCUCGACUGCGUUCCGGCAACCAUCGACGUGCUACCCGAAAUCGUCCGCGCCGUGGAAUCGCGCUGCGAAGUGUACGUUGACGGAGGUGUCCGCCUCGGUACCGACGUCGUCAAGGCGAUUGCUUUAGGGGCUCGAGCAGUAUUCGUUGGAAGACCGGUACUCUACGGCCUGGCAUACAGCGGCGAACAAGGUGUGCUCAAGGUUUUCGAAAUUCUUAGAACGGAGACUGAUCGGGCAAUGGCGCUGAUGGGUUGCCGAUCCGUGAGUGAACUACACACGGAUAUGGUGGUUCACCUCGAACGGAUAUCUAAGCUGUGAUGAACAACCGCACGUCACUUCUAUCGACGGUCCUGGCAUAACCGAAUACGAGGAUUACGUUUACACAGGCCUCUCUUGGGGGCAUAGGGCACCACUCUUUUGUAUAAUACAAUGAAAGAAAAUUAAAAAAAAGAUACUCAUCU